AUGAGAUUAUACUCACUCAUUCUUUCUGUUAUUAGCCUGGGUACUACUGCUAACGCAGCAUACGACAACCCUCUCGUGAACCUCGACUAUGGGUCCUUCCAAGGCCAGUAUGACAGCCAAUAUAACCUCUCAUAUUUCCGCAAGAUCCCAUUCGCGUCACCACCAACAGGAGAGAAUCGAUUCCGUGCACCUCAGCCUCCACAAAAGAUCACUGGAGGCAGCUAUGAUACAAACCAAGACUUCGACAUGUGUCCCCAGCGCACAGUCAACGGAAGCGAAGAUUGUCUGUAUCUUGGCCUUUUCUCACGGCCGUGGGAUCUAUCAAAGGAAACAAAGCGACCAGUCCUGGUAGUGUACUACGGCGGAGCCUUCAUCCAAGGUAGCGCGGCGUUCACCAUGCCACCAUCCUCAUACCCAAUUCUGAACGUGAGCAAUCUAAACGACUACGUGGUGAUUUAUUCAAACUACCGCGUCAAUGCAUUUGGCUUCCUUCCAGGAAACGCAAUCAAAGAAUCAUCAACCUCAGACCUAAACGCAGGCCUACUGGACCAGCAAUACGUCCUGAAAUGGGUCCAGAGCCACAUCCACAGCUUCGGGGGCGAUCCCAAGAAUGUAACAAUCUGGGGCCAAUCAGCCGGGGCAGGAUCAGUCGUAGCCCAAGUUCUCGCCAACGGACGAAAUGGCCAACCCAAGCUUUUCUCCAAAGCCCUUGCCAGCUCGCCCUUCUGGCCGAAGACAUAUGCUUACAACGCACCGCAAGCAGAGGCGAUAUACACCCAAUUUGUCAACUUAACGGGCUGUGACGGACUCAAAAAAGGCGCCGAAACAGUUUCCUGUCUCAAAUCCGUCGACGUGCAGACCAUCCGCGAUGCAAAUCUCGUCAUUGCCGCUAGCCACACCUGGACAACGAGCUCCUACACCUGGGCACCCGUGAUAGACGGGACCUUCCUCACAGAGACACUUACAGAAACAGUCAACAGCAAUUCUCUGAACACGGAGUUCGUGUGGGGUAUGUAUAACAGCCACGAGGGUCAGAAUUUUGUACCGUCAGGUCUUGACAGCGCUGUCUCUGUGAAUGGAUUUAAUUCCUCAAUUCAGAGCUUUCACGGCUGGCUUGCGGGAUUCGUGCCUGGGUUAUCGGUGAAACAGAUCAAAAAGGUCGAGUCUGUUUAUUAUCCUGCUGUUGGGAGCACGGAAACUAUUGCGCAAUACAAUACUUCGCUUGUUAGGGCUGGGUUGGUUUAUCGUGAUGUUGUGCUCGCUUGCCCGGCUUAUUGGAUUGCUUCGGCUGCUAAGAGAAAAGGAUACCUUGGGGAGUAUACCAUUUCGCCGGCUACGCAUGGGAGUGAUACGAUUUAUUGGAAUCGUGUCAAUGCUGUUCAACAGACAAACCCCGUCGUUUAUGAGGGAUAUGCUGGGGCCUUUGCGAGUUUCUUCCAGACUGGUGAUCCGAAUGCGCACAAGGUGACGAACGCUUCACAGCCGGGUGUACCAGAGCUUCAGCGUACAAACAAGGAGUUUGUGAUUGUAGAUGAUGGGAUGGAAAAUGUGAAGCUGGACGGACUGAAGAAGAGAUGUGAUUUCUGGAGAGAGCUGGCGAAGGAGGUACCAGUGUGA